AUGACUCCACAAGCCAUCAACAACAAUCACACCAGCGAGGAGGCCGAGAUGGCUCUCUUAAAACUUGCUCAAUGUGCCAGCGCUCUUGUCCUCUCCGGAUUCAAAUUCCGUAACAGGAAAGUCACAGUUACCACAAAGAGGACCAACAAGCCAGGAUUCGGAAAGACAACGGCUUCACGUUCACAAUGUCAUGCGAAGCCACGUCCGGGACAAAGAGUGACAAUUGUCAAAUAUGUCAAUGUUAAUGCUACAGUAAAUGUCUUUAAGUCAAAGCGUUCUGCUCCGUAUUAA